AUGAUCAUGAAACGGAGCGCCUUGGUGUCGCUGCUCCUCGGCUGCGGCGCCGCCACAGCCGCCCGGCCCCUCCUGGCCUCCGUCGCCGGGCAAAAGACCGCCGUCCCGCGCUGGGACUUUGCCUCCACCGCGCACGUCGGCUCCGACCUGCCCAAGCUCUCAGAACCCGGCACCCUAGACACUACUGCUUCUGGGUGGCACCACGUCGAGGCCUCGCGGUGCACGCUGAUGGGCUGCUUGCUGGAGAACGGGGAGCUGGACGACGACAAGCUCUGGUUCUCGGACAACCUGGCCAACUUUGACGGGGCGCAGUUCGCGGUGCCCUGGGUGUACCGCAGCGAGUUUGCCCUGCCGGCGGGGGAGAAGAAGGGGAGGCACUACUUGCUGGAGACGAACGGCAUCUCGUCGAGGGCGGAUAUUUACUUGAAUGGGAAGAAGGUGGCGGACGCGGCGGCGCAGGCGGGCGCGUACGCCGGGCACGUAUACGACGUCACGGACAAGGUGGCGGGGGACAAGAAUGCGCUGCUGGUGAGGGUGUAUCCGACGGAUUACUUGUAUGAUUUUGGGGUGGGAUUCGUGGACUGGAACCCGUACGCGCCGGAUAACGGCACCGGGAUCUGGCGGGACGUGACGGUGAAGCAGACGGGUGCGGUGACCAUGGGCCCGCUGAGCGUGGUCGUCGACGCGCCGCUGCCGAUCGGCGAGAGCCCGGCCAAAGUCACGGUGCGGGCCCGCGCGACCAACCUGGAGAGCAAGAGCGUCGCGCUCGCAGCGACGGCCUCGUUCGCGGACCCGGACGGCAAGUCGGUCGGUGCGCCGCGGCGGGCCAACAUCACGCUGGCCCCCGGCGAGUCCCGAAACGUCGAGCUCGUCCAGACCAUCGCCAAGCCGCAGGUCUGGUGGCCCGCCGCCUGGGGCUCCCAGCCGCUGUACAACGUCACCCUCACCCUCUCCGUCGCCGGCUCCCUCUCCGACUCCGCCUCGUCCACGUUCGGCGUGCGCACCGUCACCUCCGCCCUCAACGCCCACAACGACACCGUCUUCUCCGUCAACGGCCACCCCUUCCCCGUCAUCGGCUCCGGCUACGCCGCCGACAUGUUCCUGCGGUGGGACCCGGCCCGCUUCAAGACCAUCGCCGCGUACAUGCUCGACAUGGGGCAGAACACGAUCCGCCUGGAGGGCAAGAUGGAGCAGCCGGAGCUGUACGACGUGGCGGACCGGAUCGGGCUGAUGGUGCUGGCCGGCUGGGAGUGCUGCGACAAGUGGGAGGCGUGGGAGUACAACCAUGACCUGGCGGUGGACCCCCCGCCCGUCUGGACGGACGCGGACUACGGGAUUGCCAACGCGAGCAUGGCGCACGAGGCGGCGGUCAUGCAGGCGCACCCGAGCACGUUGGGGUGGCUGGUGGGCAGUGAUUACUGGCCGGACGACCGCGCGACGGAUCUCUACGCGGAUGCGCUGGAGGCGGGGAGUUGGAGGGCGCCCGUGCUCGCGUCGGCGUCGAAGCGCGGCUUUCCGAAGCGGUUGGGCCCGGGCGGCAUGAAGAUGGACGGGCCGUACGACUGGGUGCCCCCGAGCUACUGGUUCGACACCAACGGGGACGGUAAGGGCAGGUACGGCGCGGCGUUUGGGUUCGGGUCGGAGCUGGGCGCCGGCGUGGGCACGCCGGAACUCGGCAGCUUGAAAAAGUUCCUGACCGAGAAGGACAUGCAAGACCUGUGGCAGGCGCCGGACAAGGGGCUGUAUCACAUGUCCACCAAGGUCUCGCAGUUCUUCACGAGAAGGAUCUACAACGAGGGGUUGUGGAAGAGGUUCGGGGCGCCGAGGGGGUUGGAGGAUUAUCUGAUGAAGGCGCAGAUGACGGACUACGAGGCGACGCGGGCGCAGCACGAGGCGUACGGCGCGCUGUGGAGCGCGGAGAGGCCGGCGACGGGGGUGGUGUACUGGAUGCUGAACAAUGCGUGGCCGAGCCUGCACUGGAACCAGUUUGACUACUACAUGAGGCCGGCGGGCUCGUUCUUCGGGACCAAGACGGGCGCGCGGUCGGAGCACGUCGCGUUCGACUACGGCGGUGGAGUGUGGUUGAUUGACAGAUCGCUGAACGAGGGCGGGAAGAGGAGGGUGUUGGUGGACGUGCUGGAUGCGAAAGGGCGGAACGUGUCGAGUCAGACGCUGGAGGCGGAGACGCGGCCGAACGCAUCCAAGAAGAUCGGGGCGGUCCAGGGGCUGGACAGGAAGAGGGAGGUGGUGUUUUUGCGGUUGAGGUUGAUGGACGGCGACAGGACGCUGAGCAGGAACGUGUACUGGCUGGGCAGGCAGGUGGACGCGCUGGACUGGAAGAAGUCGACCUGGUACCACACACCGGUGACGCGGUACGCCGACUACACGGCGCUCGACAAGCUGGCGCCGGCCAACGUGAGCGUCACCGUCGGCGGGCGGGAGUGUAAGAGCAAGACGGAGGGGGCCACGGGGCGGUGCGUGACGCUGGAGAACAAGGCGAGCGUGCCGGCGGUGUUUGUGAGCCUAAACUUGGUGGACGAAAAGGGAGGGGACGUGCUGCCGGUGGUGUGGUCGGACAACUACGUGACGCUGUGGCCGGGCGAGCGGAUGACGCUGACGGUCGGGCAGUGGGAGGGCAGGGCGGAGAGGGUAGAGGUCAAGGGGUACAAUGUCAAGGCGACGAGUGUUGCGUUCAAGGGGGUGACGGUGGGCUGA